CGCGGCCAUGCUGAAGAUCGCCGAGAUGCAGUACAGCGGCGCCAACAGCAUCUUCCUCCGGCUGCUCAUCGACAAGAAGUACGCUCUGCCCUUCCGUGUGGUGGAUGCCCUCGUCUUCCACUUCCUGGCCUUCCGCACGGACCAGCGUGUCCUGCCCGUCCUGUGGCACCAGAGCUUCCUGGCCUUCGCCCAGCGCUACAAAGAGGACCUCUCCUCGGAGCAGAAAGAGGCUUUGCUUGAGCUGCUCAAGUUCCACAGCCACCCGCAGAUCUCGCCGGAGAUCCGGAGGGAGCUGGUGAACUCCAAGACGCGGGAUGUGGAGGGGCAGGAGCCC